AUGAGCUCUGCUGUCAGCCCUCCACGCAAGUCUCGGAGGAUCAAGGCCAGCAAUGCUGCGCCCGAGCCAGAGCAGACAAAGGAGGAACUAGCCAAGGCCGUACAGCGACUUGAAGACGAGCUCGAGGAACUCAAUUCUGUCAGGGACCGACUCGACAGCAAGGUCACCCAGCUCGAAGAACGCGCCCAGUUCCUCGAAGCUGACGCUCGCCUCAGUGCCAGCAUUGUCGCCAAAGAAAUGAUGGACCUCAAAGAGAAGGCUCGAGAGCUCGAAAUUGACCUCUCACUGGCAAUGGAUGGGCGCGACUCGUUGCAACAGGAACAGCCGGAUCAAAUGCAGACAUCUGAACGUGAUGAUGAGGCAAAACAGCUGUCGAUUCAGCUCAAGGAGGCGUGGCUCCGGAUAUCGACCAUGAAGGCGGCUCAGGAGGAGACGGUGAAGAAGCUUUUCAAGGCCGAGGAGACCAACGCCAAACUGACAAAAGAGGUUUCCACGGCUGAGAGUCUUUACAACAUCACAAAGUCGACACUGUCGGAUGAGGAGAAGCGAUGGAGCCUCGAAAAGGAAGAGUUCGCAGGGGAAAUCGAAUCACUCAGGGCCAAGCUGAUAGGGUCGAGUUCAAGCAGUGGGGCUCAAGUAAUGGACUGGGAACAGGACAAGAAGAGGAUGCGGGACAGCAUCAAGCACGAGCGGGCUACAUGGGACAAGGAAAAGAAGGGACUGAUGGACCAGAUUGCAUCGCUCAAAAUCAAGGCGACCGCACUCCACAUGCAAAAAGUGCCACCGCCAGAGUGGGUUUUGGAGAAGCACCAAUUGAACGUCCAGUGUUCGUCUUUGCAGAGCCGUGUGGCCAUUAUGGAGAGUGAACGCACCGUCAGCAGUAACCAGCACAAGAAUCAGGUCGCCAAGUUGGAGAAGAAGGUUGAACUAUUGCGCAAAAAACUGUUGGAGGUCAUGGAACUCGCUCAAACACUUGAGGCAAAGGCUAAAGAGGAUUCGAAGCAAGCAACCAACGGCAAAAAAGGUGCUGCAUCCCGUGCUCGCAAACCCAAGAGAGUGCGGAGCGUCAAGGAGACCGACUCUGAGAUGGAGAGCGAGCCGGAGGCUGCCGAACCGGUGGUAGCCCCUGCAGCGCCAGCUCGACCUGUUCGUAGUUCGAGGACAAAGGGGGCUGGAGGAGGCUUCAAGAACGUCCACUAUGCCUUUGACAUUACCUCUUCCAGUGACGAUUCUUCAGAAGAGGAGGAAGAGGAUGACGAAGAUGAUGACGACGCUAACGACGAAGCAGGGGCUCCAGAGGUGGAUGAAGGUGACAAGGGCAAUGUCAACCGCGCUGUUUCUUCAGCGGAGGCUGACACCGCUGCAGGAUCGAACCAAGACCAAGACAUGGAGGAAGUUGAUCGGGCGGCGUCUCCUUCGGGGGCUGGCACAAGGAGGUCCAUUUCAGGACGAGGACGUAAAGGAACAGAUUCUGACGAUUCAAAGAGUUCCGACUCUGAGUUCGAGCCCCCCAAGAAGGUUGCGCCCAAAGGACGAGGUAAACAAGCCGCCAAGAAGCAGACCAGCCCAGCUCCAGAAACCGCCGCCAAAACGUUGAGCCGACCUUCCAAGUCGAAGCAAAAGGACAAUCCAGGACAGGGCUCAAAAGUCAAGGUGGAUUCCAAACGUAAGGCAGCCGCGACUGCAGAGUCGACGCCAUUGUCACCAGAGUCCAUUGCCGACACACCCACAUCCGUAUCCUCUACCACCAACUCCAAUGCUCCCAACACGCCAGGACAGACGCCAACAUCGGCCGCAUCACAGGCACCCGGAUCCUCUUCUGCUGCAGGGACAGAUGGAAGCGUGGCCCCUGCUCAAAAGAUCAAGAAGAAGCGCAGACUGCUGACAGGAAAAGGACUGGAUGACUUGGGAGACAUUUUGAACGGCCCAGGAAUGACGGCUAUGGCUUCUCCCUCCAAGGGUCUGCAGUUUUUGCCCAAGGCAAAGAUCAAUGCCGGGAGAACUACGCUCUUUAGUGGCGACAAGCCGCCUGCUCCAAAGGAGGCACUGAAUGCGAUCAAGAUGGCCUUUGCCCUUCCGAAAGCGCGCAACCUCUCUCCCCCUCGAAAUCCGAAAUAG